AUCAAGCGUGCGUCACUUCCUUUCCGAGGCUACCGCUUUUUUCCCCUCCCCCCUCUCAGCCUCUACAGUUGGAGAAGCGUCCGUCAGCGGAGAAGCUCGCGCCACGGGAACUCGAGACUUCCCCACCCCACCCCCUCCUCGUCGUCUUCUUCUUCUCUGUAUUUAUCUAGCCUCAAGGGGCGGGGCCCGAGUCGGGACGGCAGCUCCACAAUUGUCCCCCUCCGCCGUCGCCGCGGCGCGACUCGCAGCCCUGAAGAGCCGAGCGAGGCCCGGCUCGAAGGGAAAGACUCGAAGGGACCUGCUGCUGAAGCUGAGGGCCGAGGGGAGAGUCGCUCGGCAACGAUUAACUGCUGAGGUACUGAUCGAGUUCUGCUCUUCUUCAAUGAGGAACUACAGGCUGAUCUUCUGCCAUAACCUCAAGCAACCAUAAAUGACAAAAGAAUGCUUCGUCAGUAAGGGUAGCUGGCGUAGAAAAUAUUUUGUGAACGUAGGUGUUUAAGUGCUCUGAGAAAGACAGCUUUGAUAUUGGGCUGCAUAAAGAUAUGAGGAAGAGCUCCUCCCCUUCUUUGAGUAACUGCAACUCUGUUCUCACUAACAAAAUAUUUGGAAUUCCACUUGAAGAACUGCAGCAAGAAGGACAGCCAGGCAGUGAAGUUCCAUUCAUAGUCCGCCAUAUUGUGGAUUAUAUUGAGGAACAUGGAGGUCUAGAGCAAGAAGGACUUUUUCAAGUGAAUGGGAAUGCAGAAACAGUGGAGUGGCUACGGCAAAGAUAUGAUAAUGGAGAAGAUGUGGAUCUGGUUAAAGAAGCAGAUGUACCUUCAGCAAUUAGCCUUCUUCGAUUUUUUCUUCAAGCACUUCCAGAACCAGUUAUCCCUGACACUCUACAUAUGCAUUUGAUACAACUUUCUCAAGAUUAUAAUCAAGAUGAAUUUGGAAGAAAGUUGAGGUUCCUCUUGCAGCAACUUCCGCCUCUUAAUUACAGUUUGUUAAAGUUUCUAUGUAGAUUCUUAGCUAAUGUAGCAUCACAUCAUGAAGAGAUUUGGUCUGCAAGUUCUUUGGCUGCAGUUUUUGGUCCCGAUGUCUUCCACAUUUACACUGAUGUGGAGGAUCUGAAAGAGCAGGAAUUAGUUAGUAGAAUAAUGUCGGGACUGCUAGAAAAUUAUGAUGAACUCUUUGAAAAUGAAGAGGAAGAUUUCUCAUCUAAUGAUUUAAGUUCCAUAACUGAGCAGAUAAAUGAUCUGUUGGAUGAAGAUGAUAUAAAGCUUGAGCAGUCUGAAGAACUUCCAGAAGAAGAAGAAAACAUGGAGGACCCUGAAUAUAGGCGAAACAUGGAGUCUGAAGAAAUGAUGGAGAGUAUCUUGGAGUCAUGUAGUGUUUCCGCAUCAACAAGUGCUCACCUCUCCCCCUUAAGCAUUUUACCAGCCUCUGCAGACAUUUUAGAAAGAACAAUUAGAGCAGCUGUAGAGCAACAUCUGUUUGACCUGCAGAGCAGCAUAGAUCAAGAUCUCAAGAAUUUACAGCACCGAAUGGUGUGCCAUGAAGCAAAUAUAGACGAUAAAGAAGGAUCUAACAACCAGGAUGAGUCUGAAAAAAAGGUUACUAAAAAUUGUGAGAAUCUUGAAGACUGCUCUGAAACUGUAGAUUCAGACAAUGAAGUGUCUGAGGAAAAAGAAAGUUAUCAGGCAAGAGGAAUAUUAUUGAAGCCAUGUGACGGAGGAGGAGAAGCCAGAGAGUCCAUUGAAGAUAGGCAAGAUUGUGGAACAUUUGAUGAUGGAGACAAAAUGAUGUCGCACAAGAUUCUGGACGUUGUUAGCAAAAGUUAUGAUCCGAAUGUCAAAACUGAAUCUGAAGAACUGCAAAACAGAAACAACAAUGCUCCUGAAGCGACAUUGUGUGUCCUCAGACCACACCUUGAUUUGAAGAAUGUGAAUGGUGGUGACAGAUGGGAAGCGCCAUGCCCUAUCACUUUUCCCCUCAUUGAUUUCAAAACAAUGCAUCUACAGAGAGAAGGGGAGGAGCCGUUUCCUGCUUUUAAAUCUUGGCAGGAAGAUAGUGAAUCUGGAGAAGCUCAACUUUCUCCACAAGCUGGGAGAAUGAACCAUCCCCUGGAAGAGGACAGUCAUCCUAUUUUGUCACAUCGGAGUUUGGAUUUUGGGCAAAGCCAGCGGUUCCUCCAUGAUCCAGAAAAAAUAGAUUCUUCAUCUAAAGCACUUCCUUUUGUCAGAACUCGAAGAGCAUCAUUUAGUAGUUCUAAGGAUGACAGAAAGGAAGAAAAGACUCCUUAUCAGCUAGUCAAAAAGUUGCAGAAAAAAAUUAGACAAUUUGAAGAGCAGUUUGAAAAAGACAAAAAUGUCAAGCCUUCAUAUUCUGAUAUUGCAGCAAAUCCAAAGGUUUUAAAAUGGAUGACGGAGCUUACCAAAUUGAAGAAGCAAAUAAAAGAUGCAAAGCACAAAAGUUCAGAUGGCGACUUUGUACCUCAGGCGCGUCCACGAAGCAACACUCUUCCAAAAAGCUUUGGUUCAUCUCUGGAUCAUGAAGAUGAAGAAAAUGAAGAUGAUAUGCGAGUUGCACAAAAAGAGAAGAAGCCGACCAAGGAGGCCACAGUUGAACUCAUUUUUAAAAAGUUGAAGGAAAAACGAAUUGAAAGAUGCUUACCAGAAGAUAUAAAGAAAAUGACAAAAGAUCACCUGGCAGAAGAAAAAACAUCACUCCAAAAAAGUCUCUUGUACUAUGAAAGUCAGCAUGGACGCCCGGUCUCCAGAGAGGAAAGACAUGUUGUUAAACCCCUCUAUGACAGAUACAGGCUUGUGAAGCAAAUGUUAACUCGAGCAAGCAUCACUCCAAUCCUUGGAUCACCAUCAACCAAAAGGCGUGGCCAGAUAUUACAGCCUAUCAUUGAAGGAGAAACAGCCCAUUUCUUUGAAGAGAUUAAGGAAGAGGAGGAAGAUGGAGAACUUUCUUCAGAGUUGACUGAUAUCUUAAAAUCCAAUACUCAAACACCAUCCAUCACUACCAGCCCUGUUGAAAACUCAGAGUCUGAUGCUGAAGAAAACCAGGAGAAGUUGACUCGAGAACUCCGCCUCUCUAGCACACGGGCAGCUUCCAUGUACGUAGACGUGACAAUGCCUGAAUUAUUGGAGCAACUUUGGAAAGCCAGAGCUGAAAAAAAGAAAUUACGCAAAACACUGCGGGAAUUUGAAGAAGCAUUUUAUCAGCAGAAUGGAAGGAAUGUUCAGAAGGAAGAACGCACUCCCAUGCUUGAUGAGUACAGAGAGUAUAAGAAAGUGAAAGCCAAACUCCGGCUUCUCGAGGUCCUCAUCAGCAAACAGGAUCCUUCAAAAUAAAUAUAAAUAAUGUUUCUUCGUAACAGUGAAAGAUUGGUUUCUUAUGCCGUCUAUUGUACUGUUUGGUGUUCUCUUGUGUCUUGCACUGUUGAAGGAAUGCAGUUUUUGUACACUUUCUUAUGGUGCCACAUUUGAAGGGCAAGUAGGUCCUGUCUAGAGAGAGUGAAUGAGAAUCUUAAAUCAAGACUGCUCUGUCCAACUUCAGCAAAGUUUUUUCCCUCAUUUAAAAAAAAAUCUGAAAUGCAUCCUUCCAAAAGACUGUAGAACUAGAACCAUUACAAAACUCUGGACUUGCUAACUUCGUUUCAUCUACAUUUGUUAGUGUUUCAUUGAACUCCUCUGUUGCCUUUUUAUUAUGGGGAACAAUGACAGCGAUUUAAAACACGACCGUGUUCUUGAACAGAACUGAAAUGCCUUUCAGAGGACUGCUGAGGAAUCACUUUGAUUUCAAAUGGCAUCUGUCAUGUAAUAAAAUGGCUUGAUAUCUGCGGAUAUUGAAAUGUAAAGUUCCUGUUUGCUCUUCAGUGUCAGAUGACAGUGGACAAACCAGAAAGUGACCUUGAUUGCCCUGUUUUUUGAAUUUGGAAAAAUCUGAACAUUUAUAUCACGUAUUGCCUACAAGACUAACAUUACUGUUAAUUUAUCAGUUAUCUGUUAAGCAGCUAAUGGUGACGUAGUGAAUGGUCUCAACUGGAUGUGGCAACUUACCUUUAAAGGAGAGACUGCUGGUGCUCAGAUGUAUACAAACUAGCAGGCUUAUGGCAACUCUGAUGUAUCUGAAAAUAAACUUAUCAAGGGCUAACAUCAAAAUAAUUAAUGUGAUUGACUUAAAGUAUACACAGCCAGCUUUGAAAGAAGAGAUUCUGCUAUGUCACUGUUGUAGACAUGGAAAGAAAAGCGAUGUGACCUUUGUGGCAUUAAGUAGUAUCAUAUGGUUCUUGCAUGAUGAGGCUUCAGAACGGAACCAUUUUUGGUGACAUUUGCUUUGCCUACUAUAGAUGACACAAUAGCCUUUUAAUGUUUUUUUCCUUUAAAUUUACAUAAUCUAAAGAACUCUGUCCAGUCUUACUUCAGAUAUGAUAUCUACACAUAAAAGGAUCUAUAUAAGAUGUAGCCUUCAUGGUACUUGUCUGAGUUUUCAAAUUAACCUUUCCAAAUACACAAGAGUGCCUGUGUGUGAGCACUGAGUAGAAAGGAGCAGCUGAUCUUAUGGGAUCCUUUUAUGUGUAGCAAGGUAUUGCACCUCUGGUAAGAAUGGAUUGAGCGCCAAGAGUGUAACAGGGCUCCUUUAGGGAUCUUUUGUACUGUGGCCAUGCUUUUGCACGUGCCUAUUUGCUGCAUGUGUUACAAACAGCUAAUGUCAGCACAGAUAUUUCUCACUGCUUUUUGAAAGACCAAAAAAUAAGCAUCUGUGAUAUCAGUGGCUAGCAUGUAGACCCAUCAGGUUGAUGUGUUAACAUGAAUUAGAUAGAAAGUAGGUUUGUGAUACUCCAUAUUUAUCCCUUUGCUGUGUCUCUUAUUUUUACUGUGAUUGUAGGCAUGUAAUCUUGGAACCCAAAAGAGCUCUAAAAUGAGUUUAUAUUCUGAUGCUUUACCUUUUUACACAACUAGAAGGGGUUUUUAGUGGACUGUAGUGGAUUGCAAAAUUGGAAAUUAAUUUGGAGAAUUUUUUGGGGCUUUUACUCAGCUUCAUUGUGCAAUGUACACUUCACUUACUUUUCUAUCUGUCCGCAGACACCGGUGCAUUUAAACAUUGAAACUUCUGUGUACUGUAUAGUGUUGUACAUGAAUGUUUUAUAUACCACAUGCAAAAUGUCAAUAUGCACUAUUUAAAUGUUUUAAAUAAUAUAUUCCUCCUUUAUAAUGCUUAAAUCUAUAUGAUUCCAAUAUUUUUAUAAAGUGAGUGAUCAGACUGGUUCCACUUUCACUAUUAACAAAGGCUUUUGUGUGUUAUGCAGUGGUUGGCUGUUUGUUCUGUACCUUAGCUAGCAUGGCAUCAUUUAUGCUGAGAGUGUGUUGUGCCAUUCUUCUUGAGCAAUAAAUGGUAGAGUUAGGCAUUUUGUGAUAUAACAUAGUUUUACUUUGCUGUAAGUAAGAACUAUAUAUGUGGAUAUAUAUAUAUAUAUAUAUAAAUAUAAAUAUAUAUAUAAAUAAACCAGAUAUAAAUGAUUGCUAUGUCUGGCAUUUCAUUGUAUAGAUUUUUAUAAUAAAAAGAUCUUUUAUUGUCAUACA